CCUCUUUCUCUCGUUUGCAGAUGACAUGGACACGGACGUUGUGCGCAUGCUGGCGGCGUCGAUGGUGAAGGCCACCAAGCCAGCGCCCGCACAGCAGCAGCAGCAGCAGCAGCAGCAGAAGCUGGGGGGUCUACAGCAGGCGUGGCAGCCCGGCAUCAGCAGCAGCACACCCAUGCUCACCACCGUCGGGAGCGAGGACGGGGAGCACGGCGGACUGAAGGCCUGGUGGAGCCGCAUGUCCAACCGCUUCCACCAGCUCAAGCUGAUGCGAACAUUCCGAUUCUCGUCCAAUCAGCUCGCGCCACUGCCCGUCGCCCUCGACGACGAGGGGCCGUCGCCGCGGGGGGCGGGCCGCGAUGACUCGCUCGACACCUCCCUGCUGGACAGCAUCAACACCCUCCUCCUGGACACCGCCCACAGCUCGAUGAUGUCACUGGGUAACAUUGGGGCCGCUUCUACCUGACGUCGGACACGC